AUGUCCCACGCCACGCCGUCCUCCAAACGAAACUCGUUCCGCCGGCGCUCUUCCGGCUACUCGUCGAUAACUCCACGGCUGUCGCAAGAGUUCGAGCAUGAAAGCCCGGCGCACAACUUCGAUGGUGGUGGAGACGGUGGCUUAGGGAAUCUGGCCGACGAACUAGGGGAACUGGACGAUUGGGACGACGACGACGACGGGGCCGAGGGUGAAUACGACGACGAUGAUGGCCUACCGCACGACGAGGACGCGAGCAACAUCGGCGUUGCCGUGGACCACGACGGGGGUGCUGGCACCGUGAACGGGGUCAGGGACAGUGGAGUCGCAAUGCAAACUUCUUCACCAGCGGGGUCCAGGCUGAGUCCACCGUCUGCAGCCAAGAGCAGGAAACACCAGAGACAGCACUCGUUGUACGACGGGUCCGACUACGGAGACGAUUCGGAUCUGGAAGCCAACGAGGGUAUCUCCCCCGCCCUCGAGAGCCGCAUGGCCGCUAUCGAAAGUUUGGCACGGAGGGGCAUGGAGGAGAAUGGCAGCGCGGCAGACGGCAUAGUCAAGCGUGUUACCGAGCAAUUGCGCGAUCUCGGGAGCCAGAUCGGCAUCGAGAACGGAGCAACUAGACUAAAGACCGCACACGACGCCUUGACUACACAUCUCACGCACCAGUCGCGGACACUGAACUCCGCUACCGCUAUGAUGACGGGCCCCCGCGCCAUCAUGCCUCCUGCCGAGGAGAUCGAAAUGCUUCUCCCUCUAAUAGAGAGCACCCUUGAGCUGAUCCCGCAGUCCUCCCCGCAAGCCCUCAUUGCCCUCUCCCAGCUCACCCUCUCAACACGCGAACUACUGGAGCACCUCUCAAAUUUGUCAGACAGCCUACACAUGUCCCGACAGAAGGCGAAUGAGGCAAGCCGGAAGCUGAGGUCGAGCAAAGACCAGCUGGCCGAGUGGAAGAAAGACGUGGACUUGAGGGAACUGGGCACGGCAUAUAUUGACAAUGGAGACUGGGACAGGCGGUUAAGAGAACGAGAGGCCGGUGCUGCUUGCGGUGACGUCGUGAAUGGCUUCGAAGAAAUGUGCGGAAUGUGGAGGAAGAAGCUUUGUGAGGGGUUGGGGGUAGCGAGUGCGUAA